CCUGUGUGUCUGCCCUCCCCCUGCCCCAGUCUGUCCUCCCCCGGUGUCUGCGGGUCUCUCGGAGCACAUGGUUUAGGGGUCCGCUGUAUCUGCAGAGAUGGUGGUCUUGCACUUCUACUGCUCCUUGGAGCCCUCGGCCAGCGUCGCCCGUCUCUCCAGCGUGGAGUACAUCCGCGGCGUGCACACUGAGCUGUGUUAUAAUGUCAACUGGACGGCCGACUCUCCCCCCUCCAGCCAGGAGACUGACGCCCUGCGCUGGCUCUUCAGCUGUCCGUUUGACCCUCAGAGCGUCUCGGAAACGUCUCGCCUCCAUCCCGAGCCUUCAGACCUGCUCGUUGAAAUCGGGCCGAGGAUGAACUUCUCCACUGCAGCUUCCACCAACGCAGUCUCCAUUUGUCAGUCGGUGGGUUUCACAGACGUGGACAGGAUUGAGUGCUCCAGGAGGUACCUGAUAAAGUUCCAGAGCCGGCCGGAGGAGAGCGAGGAGAAGAAGCUGACGGCGUCUCUUUAUGACCGCAUGACGGAGUGCGUUUACCCGGAGCCCGUGACCAGCUUCCAGGUGUCUGCCCGGCCAGAAAACGUGUACGAGGUGGAUGUCAUCGGGCAAGGCAGGGCGGCGCUGGAGAAAGCCAACUCUGAGCUCGGUCUGGCGUUUGACUCGUGGGACCUGGAUUAUUACAGCGGCCUGUUCCAGCGCGUGGGCCGUAACCCAAGCAGCGUGGAGUGCUUCGACCUGGCGCAGUCUAACAGCGAGCACAGCCGGCACUGGUUCUUUAAGGGCAGACUGGUGGUGGACGGGCAGGAGAAGGAACAGUCUCUGUUCGACAUGAUCAUGAAGACUCAGGACACCAGUAACCAGAACAACGUCAUCAAGUUCUGCGACAACAGCAGCGCCAUCCAAGGACAUGAAGUUACGAGUCUGAUCCCCACCGACCCCUCUCGUGCCGGACGCUACGAGCUGCAGCGAUCCAUGCGCCAUCUGAUCUUCACCGCGGAAACGCAUAACUUCCCCACCGGUGUGGCCCCUUUCAGUGGCGCCACCACGGGGACAGGCGGGCGCAUCCGCGACGUUCAGAGCACGGGGCAAGGAGCUCACGUCAUCGCAGGAACUGCCGGCUACUGCUUCGGGAACCUUCACAUCCCAGGAUACCCCCUGCCCUGGGAGGACUCUUCUUUCCAGUACCCCGUGCAGUUUGCGCGGCCCCUGGAAGUGGCCAUCGAAGCCAGUAAUGGCGCCUCGGACUAUGGAAAUAAGUUUGGCGAGCCGGUCCUGGCAGGGUUUGCCCGUUCCUUCGGGCUGCGUAUGCCCUCCGGAGAAAGGAGAGAGUGGGUGAAGCCUAUCAUGUUCAGCGGAGGAAUUGGCUCGAUGGAGGACAUUCACCGCAGCAAGGACCCCCCAGAACCUGGGAUGCACGUGGUAAAAGUCGGCGGCCCGGUCUAUAGGAUUGGUGUUGGAGGAGGGGCAGCGUCGUCCAUCCAGGUUCAGGGUGAUAACGCCAGUGACCUAGACUUUGGGGCUGUGCAGAGAGGGGAUGCCGAGAUGGAGCAGAAGAUGAACCGUGCCGUGCGGGCUUGUGUGGAGAAGGGGUCCGGAAACCCAAUCUGCAGCAUCCACGAUCAAGGGGCCGGAGGGAAUGGCAAUGUUCUCAAAGAGCUGAGCGAACCCCAAGGAGCCGUCAUCUACACGGGAAGCUUUCAGCUGGGAGACCCCACGCUGAGUGUGCUGGAGAUCUGGGGAGCAGAAUAUCAGGAGUCCAAUGCUUUGCUGUUGCGUCCAGCCGAUGCUGAAUUUUUGCGGUCUGUAUGCCGACGGGAAAGGUGCCCGGUGGAUUUUGUGGGCAAGAUCACAGGAGAUGGCAGGAUCAUGUUGGUGAACGGCAGUGAGACGGACCCCCUCCCAGAUGCCAGAGAUCGAAAUGCUGUUCCUGUCGAUCUUCAUUUGGAUUGGGUUUUGGGAAAGAUGCCACGCAAGGAGUUUAUCCUGAAUCGUGCCUCCCUCGACCUGCAAAGCUUGACUCUGCCCGGAGAUCUGACUGUCCGACAAGCAUUGGAGAGAGUUUUGAGGUUACCGUCUGUGGGAAGCAAGAGGUACCUGACUAACAAGGUGGAUCGCUCUGUCACAGGCCUUGUGGCCCAGCAGCAGUGCGUGGGCCCCCUUCACACCCCUUUGGCUGAUGUGGCCGUGGUGUCCCUUUCCUAUUCCGACGUAGUGGGAGGAGCCACUGCAAUAGGGGAGCAGCCAAUAAAAGGCCUGUUGAACCCGGCGGCAGGAGCCCGGCUGGCGGUGGGGGAGGCUCUGACCAAUCUCGUCUUUGCUGAAGUCACUGACCUGAAGGAUGUCAAGUGCAGCGGAAACUGGAUGUGGGCAGCCAAGCUUCCUGGAGAGGGGGCUUCUCUGUACGAUGCAUGCGCCGCUAUGUGUGAUGUUAUGACGGAGUUGGGGGUGGCAGUAGACGGCGGGAAGGAUUCUCUCAGUAUGGCAGCCAGGGUCGGGUCGGACACGGUGAAGGCACCAGGCUCUCUUGUAAUUUCCGUCUACGCUCCAUGUCCUGACAUAACUGCAACAGUAACCCCGGACCUAAAAAUUCCAGGACAGAAAGGUGUCCUGCUCUAUGUCCCCAUCUGCCCUGGCCAGCAUCGGCUGGGCGGUAGUUCCUUGGCACAGUGUUAUUCGCAGUUGGGUGAUCAGCCCCCUGACCUGGAUUGUCCGCAGACGUUAGUGUCCUGCUUCCAGGUUACACAGAGGCUUCUACGAGACCGAUCCUUGAGUGCUGGGCAUGACGUCAGUGACGGUGGCCUGAUUACGUGUCUCCUGGAGAUGGCUUUUGCAGGGAACUGUGGUCUGGAUGUUGAGCUUUCAUCCCCUGGGAAAGGAGCUCUGGAGCUCCUGUUUGCAGAAGAGCUGGGUCUAGUUCUAGAGGUGUCGGAACUGGUUCUGGAGGUGGUUAUGGAGCAGUACCGAGCAGCCGGGGUUCAAUGUGUGAAGAUUGGAUGUACCGAGGGUCGGGGACCUAAUGCCAGGGUCCGAGUCUCUGUGAAUGGUGAAGAGGUUCUGUCCGAGGACGUGGGGACCCUGAGGGCUGUUUGGGAGGAGACCAGCUUUCAGCUAGAGCGUUUGCAGGCCAAUCCAAGCUGUGUGUCCCAGGAGGAAUCUGGAUUGCGUCAGAGGGAAGGACCUACGUUCCACCUGACUUUCGACCCGUCUGAAAACCCUGUUCUGCCCCCGUUAACUGAGGAAUCUCUCCCACGUGUGGCUGUCGUGCGCGAGGAAGGAAGUAAUGGAGAUAGAGAGAUGGCGGCUGCUCUGCUGAUGGCCGGGUUUGAGGUGUGGGACGUCACUAUGGAAGAUCUCAUUUCUGGAAGCACCACUCUGGACUCCUUCCGGGGGAUCGUGUUUGUUGGGGGAUUCAGCUACGCCGACGUCUUGGGCUCUGCAAAGGGCUGGGCGGCCUCUGUGAGGUACAACGCUGCCGUGCGCGACCAGUUUGAGGCUUUCCGCAGCCGCAAAGACACCUUCAGUCUGGGCGUCUGUAACGGGUGCCAGCUGAUGGCGCUGCUGGGAUGGGUCGGCCCUGAUAACCCCACAGAACAAGAGGAGCGUCCAACACAGGGCACUCUGCUCACUCACAAUCAAUCCGGCCGCUUCGAGUCUCGCUUUGUCACGGUACGGAUAGAAGCCAGCCCAUCCGUUCUGCUGCGUGGAAUGGAAGGAUCCUCACUUGGAGUUUGGGUGGCUCAUGGAGAAGGUCUCGUGAGGUUCCGGUCUCAGAAGGUCCAAAAUUAUGUGACGUCGCGUAACUUGGCCCCUAUCCGUUACGUGGAUGACCAGCGGAAUCCUACAGAGACAUAUCCCAUGAACCCCAAUGGCUCUCCUCUUGGCAUAGCUGGUCUCUGCUCUGAAGAUGGUCGUCACUUGGCCCUGAUGCCCCAUCCAGAACGGUGUGUCCUCAAGUGGCAAUGGCCAUGGAUGCCGGAGGACUGGCGCCAGUCUCUGAGUAUAUCCCCCUGGAAGCGUCUGUUUCAAAAUGGCUACCGUUGGUGUCUGGAAAACCAGCCUUAAAAUGUGUAACCUCAAUCCAAUUAUACAUGCCAUAGGUGGUCCCAGGGCUAUCCCACCUUCUUCCAACACUUAUUUACUGAAUUAAACUAAAGUAGCGUCCCGUCUGCUGGGACCCACGUAAGUCUUUCCAGUAGUAUUGGCCUGAAGCUCCCCCAUACUCUUCUAUCUGCCCCCGAUAAAUAUGUUCCACGGGCGUAUUCUGUAGAUGAAGGAUGCUUUAUAAUGGUUAAGGACAGGAGCCUCUUCGUGUGGGCUUCACGCGUAGGACGCGGUUCUAGCCCUGGGAACACGCUGCUUGGAUGGGGUAUCAGAUCUUUGAGGGAUCGUGGAGCCCAGAAAUGUUCCUUUUGUUAAAAUGACAACCAAAGACAAUCUCAUUCCAUUAGUGGUGAUUUAUCGGUCUCAUUCCAAUAAAGAGUUUAUUACCACCUUC